CGACACACGGAUUCCCCAGGCGACACCCCAGACCACGUCGCGUCCCACAACGGCCCCACCAAUAGCUAAUCAGCCUCACCACCAUGUCAGGCGCCGUUGCAACAGCGCGGCCGACGCAGGCUCUGCGUGCGCGUCGCGAGUCUCAGCGUCCAGGCGUCGCGCGCUCUGCAACACGGGCGACGACGAUGAGCGACGACAGCGCGAAGCAGGACGUCAAGCGCUACGUCAACAACCAGCAACAUGUCCUGGCCAAGCACAGGGGCAAGCCGCCGUCGCUGCGCGUGUACCUGCACCCCAAGCACUUCCGCCUCAACGACUCGCAGGAGACGCUCUCGUACGCCUCGCCCAUGCGCGAGCUGCUCGACGCCAUCCGCGCCCGCCGCGUGCCGCACAACAUGAUUGAGGACUUUGACGCCGUCGGCAUCCCCUGGUACGAUAACUGUCUGAUCGUCGAGAUGCACGACUACCGUGGCGGCGCCGUCAAGCCCAAGGACGAUGCCACCAGCGCGAACGACGGCUUGGGCGCCAAUGCCUUCUCCAUCCACAACUACAACAGCUUCAUCACGCCCUCGCCCCACGUGCCCUAUCCCUCGACCAAGCCCGGCGCGACGCCCGGCCAGUCCGACACGCACGCCAAGGAUGCCGACCUCAAGGAGGACAAGGAGAACAUGGCAGCCCUGGGCCAGGCCGCGCAGAAGCAGCCUGCCCAGGCCAAAAUCGUCACCGUCGUGCUCUUCCCCACCCCGCAGUCGCACAUAGCAGACAUGCAGCAACUGGCCACCACGCCCGUCCCCGAUGCUGCCACCCUGAAGCGUAUGCAGGCUGCUGGGAGGCUGCCACAGACCCCCCUGACGGCAGUCCCGCCCACGCCCACGUUUCCCUCGGCUAAGCGCCAGAAGAUGGUCAUCGACGACAGCAACUUGCACGAGUUCGAGGCCGAGGUCUACAACGCAACCUGCCCAAAGCUCUAUCUGGAGCCCACCAAGAACUUUGGGGAGUCCCUGGCGCUCAUCGAAGCCUUCACGCACCCCAACAACCAGAACCCACCACCCGUGCGCAAGACGCGUAAGAGGACGACGGCCGAACUGGCCGCUGACGAGGCUGAUGCUGCAAACCUACAACGCUUCAUGCUGGCGGGUGAUGAACAGCAGGCCAACAUGGUGACCACGGCGACUGGCGGGGACGAGGGCGCAGCACGCGCAGCCGCCAACUCGCAGACCUUCUCCAGGUUCAAGACUAUUGCGUCGAUCAGGGCCAGUCACGAAGAGGCAGAUCGACGGAAAAAGGAGGAAGACGCGCGCAUUGCCCAGAACAAGAAGCAGGCGCAGAUCGAAGCCGAAGUUCAGAAGAGACGAGAGCAGGAGACUAGCCGGCAGCAGGCCGAAAUCCAGGAGAGGCAGCAGCAACUUUUGCGUCAGCAACAACAGCAGCAGCAACAACUCCAGCAGAACCAGCUCCAACAGAACGAAGCUCUCCGAGCCGCUACCCAAGCGCAGCAGAUGGCGCAUACAGCUGCAGUCCAGCAAAUGUCGCAGACAUCACAAUCCGCGAACCAGUCCCAGUUCUCCCCUGUUGUUCGACAUCAGACGCCUCUGACUGCUGCGGCUGCCUCUCCACAUGUUGGUGGGCAAGCUCCACAUCCCAUUGGUGGUACUCCGAUGAUCCCCACCGCCUCGAACCAAGCUAUGAACAGCCCUGCGCGACCUCUAUCCUCCAUCUCGCAUCAUCCAAUGGCCCGCACAGCAAGCCAGCAGCAGAUGCAGUCUAUGAGCCGAACUGGUACACCACAGAUCACCCAGGGUACGCCUGUGAUGAAUGCCGCCAUGCCAAACCGUAACAUGACGCCUACGCCUCGUCUGAAUGGAACCAGCCCGUCCAUAGCAGUGCAGGGAGCUACGCCCCUCAUGAUGCAGACACCUCAGCCUGGACAAAACAUGACUCCCGAGCAAGCACAACAACUCCAGCAGCAGCAACAGAUGCACCGAUUGCGUGUGCAACAGCAAAUGCAGCAGCAAGGCAUGUCCCCAGGCAACACCCAAGCCCUGCAACAAAUGGCAAUGCAGAAGGCGGCACAGCACAUUCAAACCCAAGGAAUACCACCAAACCAGGAUCCGGCCACCUAUCAGCGAUACAUGGCCGGGCAGUACUACCAACGUCUUCAAGCGCAACAGCAGCAGCAAGCAGCGCAACGCCAACAACAAGUACAGCAGCAACAACAGCAGCAGCAACAACAAGCGCAGCAGCAGCAGCAACAACAACAGCAACAACAGCAGCCCAUGGCCAGCAUGUCUCCUCAAGGUGUGCCGCAAAACGGCAUGCCCAACCAGCAGGGUCUAAACGUGGCUAACAUGAGUGUCACACAGCUCCGACAGCAGUAUCAGCAACGUCGGACGCAGCUCGUGCAGACCUUCGGCGGGAACGUGCCCCAGAUGCACCUACAACAAAUGCAACAGCUCGAGCUCGCCAUUAAAGCCAAGGAACAGCAAGCCCAGCAGCAAAUGUCGCAAUCCCAAAUGCACAUGAACCCCGCCAUGCAAGGGCAAAUGAACGCCGCAGCCAACAACGUCCAAAACCCCAUGCAGAUGCAGCAAUACCAGCAAAUGCUGCAGCAACAGCGCGCCCAGCAGGCCCGCCAACAGCAGAUGAACGCCAUGCGCCAACAGGCCAUGCUGCAAGGCGGCCAGAUGCCCCAGGGCAUGAUGAAUAACGUCCAGGGCAUGAACAUGGGGAAUAUGCAGGGCAUGAAUAUGAAUCAGAUGCAGGGCCUUAAUAUGGGCGGUAUGCAGGGCUUGCAGGGUAUCAAUAACCCCCAGAUGAAUCAGCAGCAGAUGCAGCAGAUGAUGAUGCUGCGCCAGGCGCAGCUGCAGGCCCAGAGGAUGCCGGGGCAGGGUCAGCAGGGUGGUGCGGGUGCGGGAGGGGGUGAUAUGGGGUGGAGUGGUGUGUAGUCUCACGCAGUGUAGUUCUACGCAGUGUCUUUGAAGUGUAGUGUAGUGUGAUUAGCGUUUUCUUCCUCUUCUUGUUGUUCUUGUUGUUUUGAGCGCAUUUAUGCUUGCAUGGAUAUGGAAUAUGGAUACGGAA